AUGGCAAAGUACGUUGCUAAAGACGGCACUGUCCAAGAAAAAAAUGCUGGCAUUUUUGGAUUUAUCAACACCACUUUUUGGGGUGUAAUACAGUUUUUUGUUUAUUUCGUGCAAACGUUAGUCUCGCCACAAGCCGCUGAUAACAUUAUAAAUGCAGGGCGUCCUUCCGAUAACAGAGGUGAUAGCAGCGGCGGUGGCGAGGCAGCACCACCAUGUGGCGGAUGCUGUGGAGGAUAA